AUGUGGAGACCACCCUCAAGAAACGAUGCACUUUCUAUCGAACUCGAACCUUCUGGCAUUGCGUGGCGGAAGUGGCGCACCCGAACACACGCACAGAAGAUUGUUGGAAAAAAGGUGGUUCUACUCGCCGCCAGCCGGUCGGGUUCCGGUUACCCCAAGAAGACUUCUCUUGCCUAGCAACAAAAAGAAGCCUCGAAAAAGGGGGGGUUAAUGUGGAGACCACCUUCAUAAAGGUUGAAACUCCCCAACGUCUGUCGAGGACGAAACCCUCUUUUCCACAUGUAGACUAUUACUCAGCUAUCUGUAUGAGUUUUUUCCAGCCCCGUUCCUUCUAUUGAUAUAGGGGACUCCGGUUGCCGAUUCGUGACCCCGCUUCUGAAACCCUUUUCUCAGUUCGAUAGAGAAUUGAAUAGAACUCCGGUUGUAGGCCGAAUUGCGACCCCGCUCCUGAUACCCUUUCCUCACUUAGGGAAUCGGUGAAUAGGACUACGGUUCCCGGUCGACUUUCGCUGUUGAUACAGUCUUCCCUCCUGUCUCCGCCGCAGAAGUAUUUGCUCGAUGUCUAAAUCGAGGCUUCCCGCGCAACACUUUGCUGUUUGUUCACCACAGAGGUACCCACUAUUACUGUUGCAGCAGUGGUAACGUGUGUG